AUGUCCCAGCCCGUCGCCCUUGUCGUCGGCGCCUCGCGCGGCAUCGGCCGCCAGGUCGCCAUUGACCUCGCAAAGAACGGCUACGCAGGGGGGCAAAAAGUCGUCGUCGCCGCCAAAACCGUCAGCGACCCCUCCCAGCCCGCCGCGCCCUUCCCCCCGGACCCCAACUCGCCCGCCUCCACCAUCACCACCGUCGCCCGCGAGAUCACCUCGGCCGGCGGCGUCGCGACCGCCAUCCCGGUCGACGUGCGCUCCGAGCAGAGCGUCAACGAGCUCGUCGCCCGGACCGUCGCCGCCCACGGCCGCCUCGACGCCCUCGUCUACAACUCGGGCGCCAUCUUCUGGGCCUCCGUCGCCGACACGCCACUCAAGCGCUUCCAGCUCAUGCAGCGCGUCAACCCCGAGGGCUUGUAUGCCGUCGUCCAGGCUGCGCUUCCGCACCUGCGCCGCGCGCCGUCCGCCGCGGGAGGCCCCGGGGUGAGCGGCGGGCGCAUCGUCGUCGUCAGCCCGCCUAUCUAUAGUCGCUUCUUCCGCGGGAAGACGGCCUACGCCAUGGGCAAGAUCGGCAUGAGCGUGUUGACAAAGGGCCUUGCCAUGGAUCUGCUGCGCGAGGGCGAGCGCUCCAGCGAUAUGGCCAUUACCAGCAUUUGGCCCGCCGUCGCCAUCGAGUCCGCCGCCACGGCGCAGUUCACAAAGGCCAAGCCCAACGAGGCCAACGACCUGCGCCGCGCCACCAUCUUCUCCGACGCCAUCCUCGCCAUCCUCCGCGCCACGCCCUCCGUCGUCAACGGCGAGCUCCUCCUCGACGAGGACUUUCUCCGCGACCACGCCGGCGUCUCCGACUUCUCAAAGUACAGCGUCGUCCCCGGCUCCAGCCCCCGCCGCAUCAUGCCCGCCGCGCUGCCAGACCUAACCGUCGCCGAGCAGGACGAUGAGGGCAAGCGCUACGACAGCACCAAGAAGUCACGGCUCUAA